AUGAGUGUCAUAAAAGUAUUAACUCUAGUUUUGAGUGUGGGUCUAGUCCUGGCCCACAAUCACUCAGAAAAGGAGCAGGACGCGAAAUACAACUGGUGGCAGCACGAGGUCUUCUAUCAGAUCUACCCGAGGUCCUUUCAGGACAGCAAUAAUGAUGGUAUUGGGGAUCUACGAGGCAUUACAUCCAGGCUGGAGUACUUUAAGGAGACGGGCAUCACGUCCGUGUGGCUGAGUCCCAUCUAUGAGUCGCCCAUGGUGGACUUUGGGUAUGAUAUCUCAAACUAUACGAACAUUCAACCGGAAUAUGGAACCCUCGAGGACUUUGAUGUCCUGAUAGCCAGGGCAAAUCAAUUGGGCGUGAAGGUUAUCCUGGACUUUGUACCGAAUCAUAGCUCAAACAAGCAUCCUUGGUUCAUCAAGUCAGUAGCUAGAGAUCCGGAAUACGAAGAUUUCUACGUGUGGGAAGAUGGCAUUCUUACGGCGGAUGGUACUCGGGUUCCGCCCAACAAUUGGUUGUCGGUUUUCUCCGGAUCCGCCUGGGAAUGGAACGAUGACAGACAGCAGUAUUAUCUGCGGCAGUUCACCUAUGGCCAACCGGAUCUUAACUACCGGAACCCAGCCGUCAUCAAGGCUAUGGAUGAUGUGAUGCUCUUCUGGUUGAACAAGGGAAUCGCCGGCUUUCGCAUCGAUGCCAUUAUUUAUAUCUACGAAGAUGAGCAGUUAAGGGAUGAGCCUACCAGCGGAGCCACCGAUGAUCCAAAUUUGGAGAACUAUUUGGAUCAUAUAUAUACCAGGAACCAACCCGAGGAUUACCUUCUCCUGCAGCACUGGCGUCAGCUCCUGGACAAUUACUCGGCCACCCAUGAUGGUCCUCUUAGGAUCAUGAUGACUGAGGGUUAUGCCUCGGUGGCCCAACUGAUGGAAUACUACGAGGAUGCGAAGGGAGUUCAGGGUCCCGAGUUUCCUUUUAACUUUGAUUUCAUCACCGAAUUGAAUGAGAACUCGACGGCUGCUGAUUUCGUCUUCUACAUUCAGAGGUGGCUCAUCUAUAUGCCACAUGGCCAUGUGGCCAAUUGGGUGAUGGGUAACCAUGACAAUCCUCGAGUGGCCUCGCGAUUUGGACCAAAGACUGUGGAUGCCAUGAAUAUGCUGCUGAUGACAUUGCCAGGCAUUGCAAUUACUUAUAAUGGUGAAGAACUGGGCAUGACGGACUACAGAGACAUCAGCUGGAGUGACACUGUCGAUCAACCCGCCUGCGAUGCUGGAAAGGAUGACUACAAGUGGAUCUCCCGAGAUCCUGAACGCACUCCCAUGCAAUGGAACGAUGGACUCAAUGCUGGUUUCUCCAAUGCCAGUCACACUUGGCUGCCAGUGAAUCCUAAUUACAGGGAACUGAAUUUACGCAAUCAGCAGGUGGCCAGGCGAAGUCACUACAAGAUCUAUCAGUCCCUGUUGAAGUUGAGACAAUUACCAGUCCUUAAGAAUGGAUCCUUUGUACCGGAGGUGGUCAAUCGCAGGGUGUUUGCUUUUAAGCGAGAGCUAAAGGGAGAGCACACUCUCCUGACCAUCCUGAAUGUGAAGAACCUCACCGAAGUGGUGGACAUCAGUGACUUCAUCGAUCAACCCAACCGACUGAGUGUCCUGGUGACUGGAACAGAAUCACAGUACCGUGUGGGAGAUCGACUCAAGGCCGAGGCCAUUGAACUGGCCCCCUAUGAGGGUCUGGUCAUCCAGCUGAACAAGCGAAAGUAAUCAACAGACAACUAUUUAGUAUUCAGUAUUAAAACACGAGAAAGUUUUUCCCCAUUGGCCACGCA